AUGGUCAAAAGGGAUUCGGAAUAUUUUAUAAUCUUCUAAUGCGGGACAAAAUUUUAACUCAAACAUACCACUAUAUCCAACAAUUAUCACACGCUGCCUCCUGAAACCCUAGAAUUUUCCACGAGUAAAUAAACCACAAACUCUGUCCAAAAACAAACCAACCACACGCUGCCUCCUGAAACCCUAAAUUCCGCUUUCCCUUCAGUUUCAAUGGCAAAGGCCUUGUCAUUUGAUAUCAUGGCUGAUUGGGACAUAUCUAAUCAUUCCCCUUGUGCUCAACCCUAGUCGAGAUGUUCAGUACCAUGACCACGCUUUGCCGAUGGCUUCACGCCAAGAGACGGUAGCCACGUUUUCCUGGGAUCAAUUCGAUUUGCUAAUUUCAAAAUUGGAGGAGCUUCGCAGCACCCCUUCCGCCGCUGCUGAGCUCACCCCUUGCCGAGAUGUUCAGGACCAUGCCUUUCUCCCGUCGAAGUUAUCGGAGAUCCAGAAAUCUCUGGUCGAUUGGAAGAAAUCAACAAUGGAGGAGUUUCGCCUAAUACGCUCCAGUAGUACUAGCCCCACUCCAUCCGAAACGACGGUGAUUGACGGCAGUCCCAACCACCCAUGCUUGCUCAUGGAUCGGGACCAUGCAUCAAUGACUGUAAAUCAAGAGCUUAGAUCUGUGUUUCUAAUUGUGUGUUUCACUAAGGGAAAAUGCCGUCAUGCCAUAUAUGAAGUAAAAUUCAAACAUGGGGGAGAAGUUGAUAUGAGCGGAGGAGAGAUAUCCGCACUACUUAAACCUACAGCUAAGAUUAGUCAUAUGGUUCGGAGUGCAAGAAUUUUCAAUCUGUCUCAAAUAUAUUUACUUACACAUGACGGUGAUACACCUCGCGAUAUGUCAUUUGGAGGGUAUGUAUUUGAUACGCAGGAUAGGAAAUUAGAUUCAUCAAUACCUCCUACCUUAGAGCGUAAGCGGUCUGGAACAGUUGUGUCCGCAUAUGAUGGACUCUAUUAUCUUGAAGCUACAUCGUCUUUAAUUACAGAUCCAGAUCCAUCCUUUGAGAAGUACGAUCCUGUUAAGAAGGCUUGGCAGCAACUGCCUCCAUUUCCAUUUUCUAAUGACCUUCCUACGAACGUAAUGGGUUAUGCUGUAUGUUAUGGAGUUAUUUUGUAUUCAUUUUGGGACCUAAAAAAAGACUUCGGCCUUGCUGCUUUUCACAUGGGUAGAGGGGAUUGGAAUCGAGUGAAAGUUGACUCUUCUGCUUAUGCUCCUUUCCGAGGGAGGGCCGUAGUUGUAGGUGAAUAUAUCUAUGCCUUACAUGUGUUUGAGAAGGACGAGAUUAUAGGAUUCUCCUUGAGGAUGGACAAAGAUGAGGAUGGUGGUGUUGCAUAUUCACUAAGCAACGUGUUGACAUUGCGCGGCCUGGAGAUUGCAAAUCCGCCAUUGCCGUUUUAUGAGUACAAGUCAGACUAUUUGAUUCAUUUGGGGAACCAGGACUUAUUACAUGUUAAGACUGGCAGUAUCGAAGAACAUCGCGAUGUUCAACAUCUUUGUAUCACCACGUUUCAAAUUGUUGUUAGAGAAGUAGGAUGGCAUAUGAUCAAGACCUUACAUUCAAGUGUUCUUCGUGCGGAUAUCGAGGGCCGUGAUUGGUUCUUCAUUAAUUUCGGCUUCACUCCGGAGUGUGGGGAUUAUGAACCCACAGAAAGGGAUUAUGAACGUGUAGAAAGGCAUAGUGCAGCUAGCUAGCUUGAACCCACCAAAACAAGAAGAUGACACUCUGCAUGAACAGGAAACCAAACCAACUCUAGAUGAGAAUUUGUUGAUGUGGGAGUUAACGCAUAGUGAGCUUCAUACUCGCCAGUUGGCAAAGAAAGAAGCCAAGCAGAGAAAACCCCCCACGAAGCAGGAAAGAACUGCCAGGAAGAAGGGAUUGGCUUCCUUUAUACAAGAAAUAUCCCCCAUGCAGCAUGGAAAAGGCAAACAGAAGAAACCCAAGAAGGACCACAAACCGAAAACAUGGCGGAAGGACGGUUUUUAAGAAUCAAGCUAAAUUUUUGAAGGUUGUGUUUUUUGGGGUUUAGUAGAGAGCUUUUGGAGAUUGUGGAGUGCCUCCUUGACACAAAGAAAGCAGAACUAUGAAUGGAUUCCUAUGAAAUGAACCCUUGUUACAUAUCUACUGUACGUGAAAAUUAUCCAAUAUUUUUAAGUAAGAAAUCAAUUCUGCCUUAAUUGACAUAAAA